UACACUCUUUUUUUAAAUACUUAAAGGGAAGAUCUCCACUGGGAGACAAUUUCGCAGCUCGCUACUUUACAAAAGAAAAUGCCUAGUGAAACGGACUGUGACACUUCGUAGUACACAUUGUAGACAACGCAUAGAGACGCAGAUGACCAGCCUAGCGAUGUGAGCAGUAUUCCAUGUGAUAUCGUACUUGAGCUUUGUAGAGCUCCACACGUUUUACCUCAGUGAAAUCUGCUUAAUAAAACAGUAGCUUAGCUAGCGUAGUUACAAAAGUCAGUGAAUCUCUGAGCCUACCUCAUAAGUUUUGAAAACAAACUACAAUGUUUUCAAAUCAAUGUUUAACUCGGUAGUUACACAGUUGAAUUAGAAUGGCAACCACUAUUUUUAUUUUCUUAUUGGAUUAUGUACCGGGUUUCGAAACUGCUUUUAAAUCGAGUCUCCAGAACUUAAAUGAGAAUAUUACCAUCGAUAUUUGUGAUUCACGUUUAUUGAAUGAAAUACUUAAAAUUCAAGAAUUUAAUAGCGUAUACAGAGAUUUACACCAUGAAAAUAUAUCACGAAAUUACAUUGAUAAAUUAAGUCCAUAUCAAGCUUUAUUUGAUAUGAAGAAUUCCGCCGAAGGCUACAAUUACCGGAUCGGUAUUUCAGCUUUGAAUAUUUUUCAUGAUAAAAUAGCACGAGAAUAUUUUCCCGCACAAGCGCCAUUUUUGGUUGCCAUAUUUGAAACCCUCUCAAAUAUUACCGCGCAAACAUGUAGUGGAGUGCUUUUAACCAAAAAUUGGGUCCUUACUGCAUCUACUUGUAUUAAUGUGCUGCCGUAUCUGUAUAGAAAUGGGUCGGCCACAGGUAGAAGUUACCAUACGGUUAUCGCGAAUUCGACCAACCCUCUAUCUGACGGUUCUGUACACAACGUGACAGACGUGGUCCUUUAUCCAAAAAAGCGCGUGCCCUUAGCAUUGAUGAGAAUUAACCCGAGCAUUGAAGUUAAACCACUGCAAUUGUAUAACAGUAACUUUAUGGAUAACUUACAAACUAUGGUCUACGGAUGGUCUAUUUACAAGAAUGAAAAUGGGAGUGAUGUCAUGAAAACUAGUAUUGUGGAAUCAACAGCCCGUAAAUGCGAUGCAAACCAUGCUAUUAAAGGAACACAUUCGUUGUUAUGUCUGAUCGCCAGAAAGCCUACAAAUGAAUACAAGAUGAAUUCCGGAGGUCCAGUGCUGGUAUUACGUCACAAGAAAGUGUAUCUCUUGGGUAUUGCACUAGUCGAUCGCAUCUCUUUCGUGGUACCUUUAAACCACUAUUAUGGUUGGAUCAAUUAUAUUUUAAAACAAUAUUGCAUUUUUUAUUUUAUUCGUUUAUGCCAGAAAUCUUUUAUCAUUACGUAUGUAUUUCUUACCAUAGAAUUUCCAAUAAAAUUCCUAUUGUAUAGUAACUUAAUAAUAACUAUUUAGCAAACCGUGAGGUGCGCAUAUAAAUAAUUUAAUAUCCGGUUAGUUUUUAUCUCUUAGAUUAGUAUUAAGAUGGAGGUUUGUUAAAUCCAAUACAUUUUUGACAUGCCAAUGUCAUACUUAGCGAUUCGUUUUAUCUAGAUUUGCCCUUAGUUACCUUAAGCUAUCGUUCCUUAAUUCCUCUUUAUAAACAUGUGCCUUGGUUAACCAUUAAGUACUGUAAUAAUAAUAAUAAUAGCCUUUAUUCAGAUACACUUAUUUGUUUAUUAAGAAC